CGCCGAUAUUUGAAAAUGUACACGGCAUUGAAGUUUACAAAGAGUUUGGUCUGGGUUUUAAGAAAACAAUAUUAUUGUGUUAUAUCACGUAUAUAGAUUGGGGAUGUAUUUUCGAAAAUAUUUAUUUAACAUUAGGAGGCGGUACUCUACAACCAGGAAAUCAAACCGAUACAAUGUGAAACCAGAUCCACAUGUGAUCCAACACGACUAUAUUGGUCCCCCAGAUAAAGACUCAAACAUACGCCCGUUUGUUCGAUGUGUUCAUCCUAACGAAACAUACACAGAAAAAAAAUUAAGACUGAAGCGUAUUGAGGUCGAAGAAUGGAACCAUUCGUUUUGGGCGAGACACAAUAAAAGGUUUUAUGAAGAAAAACAAGAUUUCAUUCAAGCACACAACCUUGCCGGAAUUCAAGAUAUUUCAGCAGAUAAGAUGAGUGAAUUCUAUAUCUUUUUGGACAAAAACAGAAAGUUACAUGUUUUAUACAACUUUUCGUGGUAUUAUAAAAAUUUUGAAAUUCUAAUUUUAGCUCUACAAGUGGAAUGUGCAAAUAUACUUAAAACUUUAAAAAAGGAGACAAAAAGCAAAUGUAAUUAAUGUAUAAUUUUACUGUUCAGUUUAAUUCUUUAAAACAAAUUGUUUGCAUACUUGUUUUAUUAAUCAAAGAAUAAAGGAAAAAUAAAUUAAUGUAUUUGCGGGGAUCACUUCUUACCCUUGUUAAGAAGCGCCGUUCCAUUCAUGGUGAAUAGGAGAGAUGAAUCAGAAGUCCAAAAUACCUGGAUUCAAACGUGGAACUCCAGUAAAAUCGGUAGGAGAAUGGUUGGAGCUGUUAUAUGGGGGCUAUGCUAAGACGGGAGCCUAUAUAGACAAUUUUAUCCAACGAUUGUAAUCUAUCGCGAGCCUGAAAUAUCAUAAUUUUUAGACAAACGCGUAGAAAAAUGCGGUUAAAACCAUCAAAAUGACGAAUAUCGGGGGGUACCGUUAUACAGGGCCAUACGAAAACGUGCUGCUAUCCAUCGGAGCUAGAACCCACACAACAACCUACAUAUACCAAUUUGUAGACAAAUCCAAUGGAAAGUGUGGAUAAAACCAUUAAAAUACCGAAAGUCGGGAUGUACCUUCAUAUGGGGGCUUGAAACGUGCUGAUUUCAUCACGUACAUUUAUACAAACAAUGAGAACAACAACAGCGGCCACUGCAAGUGCGACGCUAACAGCACCAACCAACCACCAUUACCAUGCACACACGACUCGGUCAUACGCAGUCAACAAGGCGACAACAGCACUAGCCAACAAACGCAGCAUUCAUUGGGCGCGUGGUGAACAAAGUAGUUUUCGGUGGUGUGCUGCUCACAGCGUAAGGCUAAAAAUUCGCAAUGACUUGGUAGAACCGGUCACAUAUAGUGUUCAGUUUGAGGUGCGAUGAGGAAGGCUCGCUACUGCAGGAGCUUGCCAAAGGGUAGCUAGUGAUUUUUCUAAAGAUCAACGGCCGUCCUCCGACUAAUAAAAGCGUUAGUCGGGAAUACUUUUCCAAGACUGGCUCUCAUUAAUUUGAGUGGCUGGUAAUUCAUUUACACAGGAGUCUCGGCUCGCUGUUCCACAGGAACUUCGGUUCGCUGUUCCACAGGAGUUUCGGUUCGCUGUUCCACAGGAGCUUCGGCUCGCUGUUCCACGGGAACUUCGGUUCGCUGUUCUACAGGAGUUUCGGCUCGCUGUUCCACAGGAACAUCGGUUCGUUGUUCCACAGGAGUUUCGGCUCGCUGUUCCACAGGAGUUUCGGCUCGCUGUUCCACAGGAACUUCGGUUCGCUGUUCCGUAUAAUAGUCAAACGUUGGUAGUGGAGUAGACGUAGUUAGAGAAUCGUAGCUAGACUAGUUACCUCGCCCCUGUAGCCGACCCGAAUAAAAAGAACCCGAGCUGCCGAACGAGCCACGAUCCAUCUACACAGCGUAACGCAUCGGUUGCUGAAUCUACCCUCAACGAGCUGCCGAACACGUACGAAUGUCAAUCCGCUCACGAAGACCUGGACAGCUGCUCCCGAUUACCUUCUAAUCGUCAACAACCCUCAUCACACGAACACCAAUAUCGUAAUUCCUGAUCGUCGACAACCGACGACCACAAGUUCCCGAUUACCUUCAAAUCGACAACGACCAUGAGUUCCCGAUUACCGUCAACAGAACGCAUCACCCGAACACAAUCAUCAUAAUUCCUGAUCGUCGACAACCGACGACCACAAGUUCCCGAUUACCUUCUAAUCGUCAACAACCCUCAUCACCUGAACACCAACAUCGUAAUUCCUGAUCGUCGACAACCGACGACCACAAGUUCCCGAUUACCUUCAAAUCGUCAACGACCAUGAGUUCCCUAUUACCGUCAACAGAACGCAUCACCCGAACACAAUCAUCGUAAUUCCUGAUCGUCGACAACCGACGACCACAAGUUCCCGAUUACCUUCAAAUCGUCAACAACAGUUAUCACCCGAACACAAUCGUCGUAAUUCCCGAUCGUCGACAACCGAAGACUACAAGUUUCCGAUUACCGUCAAAUCGUCAACAGAACGUAUCACCCAAACACAAUCAUCGUAAUUCCUGAUCGUCGACAACCGACGACCACAAGUUCCCGAUUACCUUCAAAUCGUCAACGACCAUAAGUUUCCAAUUACCGUUAAAUCGUCAACAGAACGCAUCACCCGAACACAAUCAUCGUAAUUCCUGAUCGUCGACAACUGACGAACACAAGUUCCCGAUUACCUUCGAAUCGUCAACGUAAGCGUCACCCGAACGCAACACCGUAAUUCCCGUAAUCAACCACCCGAGUAUUCAUUGUGUGCACCCGACGUCAUCGUUCUCGAUUGUCCACGAGUCGUACACCCUCCUGCAUACGAUACGAGUUAGCAUCGAAUCCCCGAUCAUCAACUAAGCACCAGUACCUUGAAAUCACGAACAUCUCCGAAGUCCAUUUGCCAUCCUAUAUUCCAUAUUUAUCUUAUCGUAUUUCAACCCGAGUAGAUUGUAAUUUAGAAUUAAAGAUCAAUAAAACAUCCGAUUUUUACCCCCAGGAAAGGGAGAAA